GAUCUCGCGGGAGCUCGAGGCGUGAGUGCCACGUCCCAGCAAGCCGAGGACCGAGAGGAUCCCGGACCCGGUGAGCACUCCCUGCUGCUCCUUCGCGGUGCUUCCCGGGCCUUGUCCCCAACUCGGGGGCCAUAGAGACGGGGGCCCAGAGAGACCGUGAAGUUGCCGAUCGGAGGCUAGAGCGGUGUCGGAGGGCGGGGCCCCUGCCUCCGCGAAGGGUGGUGGGGAGAAAGAGACGCGGCGUUGGGAGCACUGUAAGGGGGAGCAAGCCGUGGAGAGGAGGACCCCGCGCAGGUAGAGUUGAGAGUCAAGUGGAGCCGUUCUCUCUGUCCCUCUGGUCGGCGUGAUGGCCAGGGGCCUUCGGGCCCCACACUGGGUGGCGGUGGGACUGCUGACCUGGGCGGCUUUGGGGCUGCUGGUGGCCGGACACGGGGGUCAUGAUGGCCUGCACAGAGACGUGGAAGAGGACUUCCAUGGCCACAGCCACGGGCACUCACAUGAAGAUUUCCACCGCGGCCACAGCCAUGCCCAUGGCCACGGCCACACUCACGAGAGCAUCUGGCAUGGGCAUGCCCACAGCCACGACCACGGACAUUCACACGAGGAUUUGCACCAUGGCCACUCACACGAUAGCCUCCACCACAGAGGACAUGGACAUGCCCACGAGCAAAGCCAUGGAGCCUCUAGGGAGGCUGGGGCUCCAGGCGUCAAGCACCACCUGGACACUGCCACCCUCUGGGCCUAUGCGCUGGGGGCCACAGUGCUAAUCUCUGCUGCCCCCUUCUUCGUGCUCUUUCUCAUCCCGGUGGAGUCCAACUCUCCCAGGCACCGCUCUCUGCUCCAGAUCCUGCUCAGUUUCGCUUCCGGGGGGCUCCUGGGUGAUGCCUUCCUGCACCUUAUCCCUCAUGCUCUGGAGCCUCAUUCUCACCACACUGUGGAGCAGCCUGGACAUGGACACUCCCACAGUGGCCAGGGCCCCAUCCUCUCUGUGGGACUGUGGGUUCUCAGUGGCAUUGUUGCCUUCCUUGUGGUGGAGAAGUUCGUGAGGCACGUGAAAGGAGGGCAUGGGCACAGCCAUGGUGGACAUGGAGACGGCCACACACACGGAAGCCACAGACAGGGAGGACAGGGGUCUCCUUCAAACGAAAAACCCAGCUCAGAGGAAGAGGAAAAGGAAGCAGGAGACACUCGGAAAAGGAGAGGAGGAAACACAAGGCCCAGAGAUGGUCCAGUGAAACCUCCAAGCCCUGAAGGAGAGAAGCCAGGCUCAGACCUGCGUGUGUCUGGGUACCUGAACCUGGCCGCUGACUUGGCACACAACUUCACAGACGGUCUGGCCAUUGGCGCUUCCUUCCGUGGGGGCCGAGGGCUAGGGAUCCUGACCACAAUGACGGUUCUGCUGCACGAGGUGCCCCACGAGGUCGGGGACUUUGCCAUCUUGGUCCAGUCUGGCUGCAGCAAGAGACAGGCGAUGCGUCUGCAGCUCCUGACCGCAGUAGGAGCCUUGGCAGGCACAGCCUGUGCCCUUCUCACCGAGGGAGGGGCGGUGGGCAGCGAGGUGGCAGGAGGUGCAGGUCCUGGCUGGGUCCUGCCCUUCACGGCAGGUGGCUUUAUCUAUGUAGCAACAGUGUCUGUGCUGCCUGAGCUGCUGAGAGAGGCGUCCCCGCUGCAGUCGCUUUUGGAGGUGCUGGGGUUGCUGGGAGGGGUUCUCAUGAUGGUGCUGAUUGCCCACCUGGAGUGAGGGCUGGGGUGACCUGUCCUACCCCUCCCGAUUCUCUGCCCCCAACUCCCAAAUAAAGCAGUGGGGAGCCUGGCCAGUGCUACUGCCAGAGGAAGGAGUUUUGCCUUGGAGAACCAUGUCUUUGGGGGCCUUACAGAUGUGACAGCCCUACACGGCGUGAGAGGUCAGCGGGCCCAGAGUGUGGGGCACCACCCAGUACCCCUGCCGCUUUCGGAGAAAUAGCGGGGCUGGGCUCACAGUAGCCUGCUGGUGCUCCCCACCUUACCUUUUCCCGGCACCAGCCUGCCACGUGGGCCUCCAGGGCCCAUCUCCCUCCUGGUCAGUGAUGGCUUCCGGGGAGGCCUGGCAGGAGUCGGGGAGAUACCAAUCGUGAGUCCUGAUUGGGGGAUGGGGUGGGAUGUUCCCUGGUAGUCUCACAGCCUGCUAUUCAUUUUAUACCAAUGUUUGGAUGGAACGGUGACCAGAAUAAAGUACUUGGAUCUUCUGCCUCA